CAUUGCAUAUGAAGUAUCUGCUGAUUACAAGGUGACAUAACCUGAUCAACGCACCAUUGCCUGUUUAUGGUGAAUUAAGUCAGCGAAAUCUGACUAAAAACUAACUCUCAACCAUGCUUUUAACUUACUUAGCAAACAACUGGAAAUAUAGCGAUGCGCCUGAAGGCCAGCGUCCAUUUGAAAAGGUGAUCGGGCUGUCCAAGUAUGGAUUUGGCACCAGCGUAGGCAUAGGCAUAUAUGACUGCAUACUGUUAUCACAAACACAAACUUUUUGGGGAGCAGCAAAUUGCAUGUCUUAUUGGGUGAUACCAAUUACUGCUAUGUGUGCCACUUUUGCCUCUGUGGCAUAUACAGCAACAAAGAUUAGAGGAAAGGAUGGUUAUGCCAAUUAUGUGCUCGCCUCAAUAGCUACUGGUGGAGUGUUUCAUCAUUGGCAGAAAAAAGGAUUGAUCACUUAUUAUUUUACUAUUAUGUUGAUGGCAUGCGCAGCAGGCAAGAAAUUUGCCGAUUUGAAUGGUCUUAAAGUUAUAACAUUGGAUUUUAAAGCUACACCACAAUAUACUACCUUCCCUAUUGAUAUGACUCUCACCAAGGAUCCUAGGGGACCCAGGCCAUGGGAGUAAUGAUCUUUUGUAUGUAUAUAACGAAAAUAAUUAGUGUUGUUAUUUAAUAUAAUUAAGUGGGAAUAUGCUGUACUAUGUGCAAGUGAUGAUGGGAAGAGGGACGAGAAGCGUAUCUUCCACUGUCAACAUGUAUUUAUUCUGAUUCUAGUACAGGAAAUAAAAAAAAUUUGUAAAAA